CCCACUGCUCAAUGGACACCCCCAGCCCAGACCCGUUGCCUUCGCCUUUGCCCGGGGAGGAAGAGAAACCUCUGGCCUUACCUCCUCCUGUUCCCCGGGGCCGCCGAGGCCGACGUCCAGGGGGAGCCACUUCCUCGAAUCGGAAGCUCAAGGCCUCCCUCCCUCGCAAGCGGGGCCGCCCGCCCAAGUCAGGGCAGGAGCCCCCGCUAGUGCAGGGGGUGACAGCCCCAGUGGGCAGCGGUGCUGGCAGCGACUUGCUGUUGAUCGAUGAUCAGGGUGUGCCCUAUACAGUCUCUGAAGGGUCAGUGGUAGGUGGGCCUGAAGGCUCUGGCCCCAAGAAGGCCCCGCACUUCUGCCCCGUGUGCCUGCGGGCCUUCCCCUACCUCUCUGACCUGGAGCGCCACAGCAUCUCGCACUCAGAGCUGAAGCCACACCAGUGCAAGGAUUGCGGCAAGACCUUCAAGCGGUCCAGCCACCUGCGGCGGCACUGCAACAUCCAUGCUGGCCUGCGGCCCUUCCGCUGCCCGCUUUGCCCCCGCCGCUUCCGCGAGGCAGGUGAGCUGGCCCACCACCACCGUGUCCACUCUGGGGAGCGCCCGUACCAGUGCCCUGUAUGCCGGUUGCGCUUCACGGAGUCCAACACCCUCCGGCGCCAUUCCAAACGCAAGCACCCGGAGACCAUGGGGGAACCCCUAUGUCCCCCGGACCCAGGGCCUGAACCGUCGUGGGACGACGAGGGCAUCCCGGCCACAGCAGUGGCUGAUGAAGACGAGCCGGAGGGGAAGGAACUGGCUUCACAUACACCACCGGCCACCGCUUCCUGGGCCACGUUUAGAGCUGGGAAUUCAGCUGGUGCUGGGCCUGGGAAAGGAGGCCAGGACACUCAUGUCUCUGGCGGUCUUCCCGUUGUGGGAGGGGAUGAAGGGUGGGGACCUAAACUUCUGGAUCCUGCUGCCUUCUGCCAUCCUUCCCCACCGGCGGCGCCUCCUCCGCCUCCUCGGCCUCCUCCCGGCGGAGACCCCGGCGCCGGGUCUCCCCACCCGCCAGAGAUGGAGGCAAACCCAGCGGGCAGCGCUGCCGGGGGUGGUGGGAGCAGCGGCAUAGGGGGCGAGGACGGGGUCCAUUUCCAGAGCUACCCUUUUGACUUCCUGGAAUUCCUCAACCACCAGCGCUUUGAGCCCAUGGAGCUGUACGGGGAACAUGCCAAGGCGGUGGCAGCCCUACCCUGCGCCCCUGGCCCCCCGCCCCAGCCCCCGCCCCAACCGCCUCCUCCCCAGUAUGACUACCCACCCCAGUCUACUUUCAAACCCAAGGCAGAGGUGCCUUCCUCAUCUUCGUCAUCGUCGUCGUCGUCUUCUUCCUCUUCCUCGUCGUCAUCCUCUUCCCAAGCCAAGAAGCCUGAUCCGCCCCUGCCGCCUGCCUUUGGGGCUCCCCCGCCUCCCCUCUUUGAUGCUGCCUUCCCGGCCCCACAAUGGGGCAUCGUCGAUCUGUCAGGACACCAGCACCUGUUUGGGAACCUGAAACGAGGAGGGCCGGCAUCCGGGCCAGGGGUGACGCCAGGACUGGGCACUCCCACGGGGACUCCCGGGCCACUUCCCACCCCCUCGCAGACUCCACCAGGACCUGCCACAGGAGCCGCCUGCGACCCAACCAAGGAUGACAAGGGCUACUUCCGCAGGCUGAAGUACCUGAUGGAGCGGCGCUUCCCCUGUGGCGUGUGCCAGAAGUCCUUCAAGCAGUCCUCGCACCUGGUUCAGCACAUGCUGGUGCACUCGGGGGAGAGGCCAUAUGAGUGUGGCGUCUGUGGUCGCACCUACAACCAUGUCUCCAGCCUCAUCCGCCACCGCCGCUGCCACAAGGAUGUGCCACCGGCCGCUGGAGGCCCACCCCAGCCUGGCCCACCGCUCCCACCGCUGGGCCUUCCUGCACCCGCCGCCAGUGCCGCUGCCACUGCCCCCACCAGUGUUUCUUCUGGCCCUCCAGCCACGUCCACGGCGCCCAGCGCCUCCUCCGCAGAUGGGAACGCAGCCCCUGCAGCCCCUACUGUUGUUGGGGUGCCUCCUCCCACAACAGGAGGCAGCGAGGGCCCGUUUGCCUGCCCGCUCUGCUGGAAGGUCUUCAAGAAGCCCAGCCACCUCCACCAGCACCAGAUCAUCCACACGGGUGAAAAGCCCUUCUCCUGCUCCGUAUGCAGCAAAAGCUUCAACCGGAGGGAGAGCCUUAAGCGGCACGUGAAGACACACUCGGCCAACCUCCUGCGCCUGCCGUGUGGCAUCUGUGGGAAGGCUUUCCGCGAUGCCUCCUACCUCCUCAAGCACCAAGCGGCUCACGCGGGGGCGGGGGCUGGGAGUCCUCGGCCGGUGUACCCCUGCGACUUGUGUGGCAAGUCCUAUUCGGCUCCGCAGAGCCUGCUCCGUCAUAAGGCUGCCCAUGCCCCGCCUGCAGCCGCCGGUGAUGCUCCCAAAGACGGGGCAGCCUCAGUCCCGCAGCCCCCGCCCACCUUCCCUUCUGGCCCAUACCUCCUGCCUCCUGACCCUCCUGCCACAGACAGUGAGAAGGCGGCGGCGGCUGCAGCAGCUGUGGUGUAUGGCGCCAUGCCGGUUCCGCUGCUGGGAGCCCACCCGCUGCUGCUUGGUGGGGCUGGGACGAGCGGGGCGGUAGGCUCUGGCGCCACAGUCCCCGGAAAGACGUUCUGCUGCGGCAUUUGUGGGCGCGGCUUCGGGCGCCGUGAAACCCUGAAGCGCCACGAGCGCAUCCACACUGGCGAGAAGCCCCACCAGUGCCCCGUGUGUGGGAAGCGCUUCCGUGAGUCCUUCCACCUGAGCAAGCACCACGUAGUGCACACGCGCGAGCGGCCCUACAAGUGCGAGCUCUGUGGCAAGGUCUUUGGCUACCCGCAGAGUCUCACUCGCCACCGCCAGGUGCACCGGCUCCAGCUGCCCUGUGCUCUGGCCGGGGCUGCUGGCCUACCAGCCACCCAGGGUGCGCCAGGGGCCUGUGGGCCCGGGGCCUCUGCCACAUCCACGGGGCCAGCUGAUGGGCUGAGCUAUGCCUGCUCGGACUGCGGCGAACACUUCCCAGAUCUCUUUCACGUCAUGAGCCACAAGGAGGCCCACAUGGCGGAAAAGCCAUACGGCUGCGAUGCUUGUGGCAAGACCUUUGGUUUCAUUGAGAACCUCAUGUGGCACAAGCUGGUCCACCAGGCUGCCCCCGAGCGUCUGCUCCCGCCCACACCUGGCGGCCCCCAGCCGCCAGACGGCUCCAGUGGCGGCGAUGUGGCCAGCGUGCUGGACAAUGGGCUGGCUGGUGAGGUGGGGGCGGCCGUGGCGGCGCUGGCAGGAGUGUCUGGGGGUGAGGAUGCAGGCGGGACAGCGGUGGCUGGGGCCGGCGGGGGUGCCAGUUCCGGCCCUGAGCGCUUCAGCUGUGCCACGUGUGGUCAGAGCUUCAAGCACUUCCUGGGUCUCGUGACUCACAAGUACGUGCACCUGGUGCGGCGGACCCUGGGCUGCGGCCUCUGUGGUCAAAGUUUUGCUGGCGCCUAUGACCUGCUCCUGCACCGCCGCAGCCACCGGCAGAAGCGGGGCUUCCGUUGCCCAGUGUGCGGGAAGCGCUUCUGGGAGGCAGCCCUGCUGAUGCGCCACCAGCGCUGCCACACAGAGCAGCGGCCCUACCGGUGUGGCGUGUGUGGCCGAGGCUUCCUGCGCUCCUGGUACCUUCGGCAGCAUCGCGUGGUGCACACAGGGGAGCGCGCCUUCAAAUGCGGCGUAUGCGCCAAGCGUUUCGCACAGUCAUCUAGCCUGGCGGAGCACCGGCGGCUGCACGCUGUGGCCCGGCCCCAGCGCUGUGGCGCCUGUGGCAAGACCUUCCGUUAUCGCUCCAACCUGCUGGAGCACCAGCGGCUGCAUCUGGGCGAGCGCGCCUACCGCUGUGAGCACUGUGGCAAGGGCUUCUUUUACCUGAGCUCGGUGCUGCGCCACCAGCGCGCCCACGAGCCACCGCGGCCCGAGCUCCGCUGCCCUGCCUGCCUCAAGGCCUUCAAGGAUCCCGGCUACUUUCGUAAGCACCUGGCAGCCCACCAGGGCGGCCGGCCCUUCCGCUGCUCUUCCUGUGGUGAGGGUUUCGCCAACACCUACGGCCUCAAGAAACACCGCCUGGCGCAUAAGGCUGAGGGCCUUGGGGGAGCUGGAGCGGGGGCAGGCACCUUGGCUGGGAAGGAUGCCUGACCAGGGGGGCAGGUUCCUAUCUGCCACUUCAAUCAGAUGUCCUCUUCCAGACUUACCCCCUUCUGGGGCUGCCAUUUAGACUCUUCCCCCUCCUUAUCUCCCCAUCCUUAAGAACUUCAGACGGACUAGCCUCCUUCAGGGCCCAUGCCCUACAAACUGGAGACUGAAUCACUCCCAUCCUGGACCUCUCUGGCUCUUCCCUCAUCCCCUCAGACACUGAACUUGAUCUUCCGUCCAACCCUUUUUUGUAACCGUCAUCAGCGUCCUCCCCCAGCCCCCAGCAGCAUUCUGCCCCCAAUAAGCUUUGGUGAAGAUGGGUCUGAACUGCCUUUCCCCCUUCAUUUGUAAUCGGGCUGGACAGUGGAAUAUGAGCAGAGUUGGGAGGGCAUAAGGUAGGGUGGGGGAGCUGGGUACUCCUUUGGAUCGUGGGGUGGGGGGUGGGGUGGCAGACGCGGCUUGUACAGAGCGGAGAAUAAUAAAUCUUAUCAACAGGG